AUUUGGGAAUACAAGGGUCGUUCGACGACGUCAACACCUUCUUGAGUCAGGCGCAGACAACCACCAGGACGUAUAUAUGAAGCGCAAUUUGUUGUACAUUCAGUAAAAGGUCGUUAAAGCUAUACAGGAGCCCCUUUUGCAAUAGCGUCAAUAUGGCACCUCAAACGCAGCCUGCGCAUGGCUAUGAGUUUGGUGGCCCGAUCGGAGCCGCCGGAAUCACAUUUGGUCUUCCGAUCCUGCUGUACGUAUUUACAUUCGCUUGCAACGACGUCUCCGGCUGCCCUGCGCCCUCGCUUUUGAGCCCCAAAACGUUGUCGCUAGCGAACUUGAAAGCCGAAGUAGGAUGGCCGACGGACGGCAUCUGGGGACUGGCAAGCUGGGAGGCGACAGGGUGGACACUCGCGUACUACGUGUUCUCCGCCUUAUUAUACCGCAUCCUCCCGGCAACUGAGAUCGAAGGAACGGAGCUGUCGGCAGGAGGGAAAUUGCAGUACAGGUUCAAUGCCUUCUCAUCGACCAUGUUCUCCCUCGUAGCAUGCAUCGCCGGCACGAUUGCUCAAGGCGCCGAGUUCCCCGUCUGGACUUUCAUGGCCGACAACUACCUCCAGAUCCUGACGGCAAAUAUCCUCAUCGCUUACGCCAUCGCUAUAUAUGUCUACGUGAACAGUUUCUCAGUCAAGGUAGGCAAUAAUGAAAAGCGCGAGCUCGCCGCUGGUGGACACACGGGCAAUCUAAUUUACGACUUCUACAUUGGACGAGAACUGAACCCCCGCUGCACGUUGCCCCUGAUCGGCGAGAUCGAUAUCAAGGAGUGGUGUGAGCUGCGCCCCGGUAUGCUAGGCUGGAUUUUGUUCAACUGCGCCUUCGUCGCGAAGCAAUACCGCACCUUCGGCUUCGUAACCGACAGCAUCGUCUUUAUUACCAUCGUACAAGCCAUAUACGUGCUCGACGGUCAGUUUAUGGAGCCCGCCAUCUUGACGACAAUGGACAUCACCACGGACGGCUUCGGCUUCAUGCUAGCUUUUGGUGAUUUGGCGUGGUUGCCCUUCAUCUACUCGCAGCAGACACGCUAUCUGUCCGUACACCCUGUCUCGAUGGGCUGGUUCGGCACUCUGAGCGUGAUGGCCGUCUUGCUCGCCGGUUUCUCUGUCUUCCGUCUCAGCAACAGCCAGAAGAACACCUUCCGCACCAACCCCAAUGACCCUAGUGUUGCGCACCUUUCAUACAUUGAGACGAAGACUGGCUCACGCCUCAUUACAUCCGGCUGGUGGGGAAUUGCUAGGCACAUCAACUACUUUGGUGACUGGCUACAAUCCUGGCCUUACUCCCUGCCUACUGGUCUUUCGGGUUACAUGAUUCUUUCCGCUGGAAGCAAUGUGCCAGGUGCCAUCAAGGCAUUGGAUGGCAGGGAGAUUGUACAGGGUGCUGCCAAGGGGUGGGGCAUGGCGUUCACAUACUUCUAUAUCCUCUACUUCGCUGUGCUGUUAGUCCAUCGCGACGGAAGAGAUGAUGAGAAGUGCCAAAGGAAGUACGGUGCUGAUUGGGAGAAGUACAAGAAGAUUGUUAAAUACAGGAUUAUUCCAGGUAUUUACUAGGUCGUGGUGGUGAGUAGGGGAUUGUGUCCGAGCAUUUAUUGUGUUUACUUGCUCGGAAUGUACUAUUUAAUAACGUGUACGCAUGUUAGCACGCAAUGAUACAUGUAUAUGUUUUUGGUUCGGGGAAUAUUUGUUGGACCGCACCAGCCCUUCUUCUAGCUCAUUCGUGCUCUUUCGUGCUCGACGGCUGAUAUACUGUAUACAAGGCCCUUAUGGCCACUUUCACUCCUUUGGCCAUGGGGAGGCCAAAGACACAUGCAAUUCUAUGCUUUAUUAUAGCUUGCAAAAAGCCCG